CCUACGGACCAAGCACAUUGUGCCGCUCUCCCUUUUCCGAGCAACAGUGUUAGCCGAGCCUCGGCGCACAGAGCAGAGCAGCGCUUUGUCCCCAGGGAAAGAAGCUAUUUCAGACUUAACUAAGGAAUCAUCUAGCAUGUUUCAACAACCCCUACUGUUUCUCUCUUUGUUUUAAAGAUAUCAGUGUGCUUUUGUUUCAUUUGCAACUGGAGACUAAAUGACACCAAGCAGAAUCUGCUGUUAGGUUAGAUUACAAGAGCACUUUCUGAGGCACACAAAACCAUGCAGGCUACAUCUUUCAUCAGUUAUCUCCUGCUCGUCACUCUGUGUAUUGAUUUUUUUCAAAAUGGAACUAGUGCGAUUUUGAGAAGGCAAAGGAGAAGAAUGCGCUACAGAGGAUUACGAGCGAGCUCCUCCGAAGGGCGCAGGUCUCAGAGACAGCCAAGGACGAGGCUUCUGGCUCCCGUUCCUGUAGGACCCAGCAUACCCCUUAUUAAUAUUGACGAUAGCGUUAUGGGAGUAUUUGACUCUCUCGUAGGUUUGGGUGGUCAUGAAUCUAGUUACAGUGUCUUACCAGGAAAGCAGGGGCACUGCACAGCUAAUGGGAUGAUCAUGUAUGAUAAAGCUGUCUGGUCCCCCACACCCUGCAUUACUUGUCUCUGUUCCAAAGGAAAAGUGCUAUGUGAUACAACUAUGUGCCACCCUCUGAAAUGUCCCACCACUAUUAUACCUGCUGGAGAAUGCUGCCCGGUUUGUUCUGAUAUUGCCUCCUCUUUGGAUUCGAGUAUUAUUUCAAUGGAUGACCUAACUGAGUUGUCUGGUGAUUCUCCAGAACCCAGCGACAUUGGUGACCCCGUUAUACGGUCAUCAGCAAAUGCUCAAGGUGAAAAGAAUGAACUGAUUAGAACAGAAGGGGUAGAGUUCAAAGAGAAAGCGAUUCUUAAAAUGAAUGAGAAGAAAAGAAAAAGGAAAGGCCAAAAGAAUCGUCAAAAAACUUAUCACAAAGAGGAGAAGCCUGUCACAAGAAAGGAUGAAGAAGGCAGGCCAUCGUAUGAAGAGGAAGAACUACAAACUGCAAAAGAGAAAAUAAAUAAAAUGAAAAAAGAGAGAAUAAAAGAGAGUGUCGGGGAACAAGAAAUGCAAUAUGAAAGCAAUGAAGAUGAUGAUGAUAGUGUGCAUGUGUUAAGAGGUAACUCUUUCAGAGUGCCACCUCAUUUCCCAAUCCCCGUUCCACCCAUAGAAACUCCUUUGCCAUCUGGAUGUUCCAUCUCAGACACUGCAGUAAGCUGUACUAACGCCAAACUUACACAAAUACCACCAAUUUCAGAUCCAGAUCUCACAAGUCUAGAUCUCACAGGAAAUGUUAUCACUGCCAUCCCAGAUGAAGCAUUCAAUGGCAUACCUAAUUUGGAAUGGAUUGACCUGAGUAAGAAUAAUCUUACCUCUCGUGGCAUAGGUCCACAAGCGUUCAAAAUCCUGAAAAAGCUAAAACGCUUGUAUUUGGACGGAAAUAUGCUGGUGCAUAUUCCCUCUGAAUUACCAUCAACUCUGGAAGAAAUAAAAAUAAAUGACAACCGCCUUCAUGCCAUUGAUGAAGAUACCUUACAAGAUUUAAAGAACUUAGUCACCCUGGAGUUGGAAGGAAAUAAACUUAAUGAAGCAAACGUCAGUCCUUUGGCCUUCUAUCCUUUGAAAAGUCUCUCUUAUUUGCGACUGGGGAGAAAUACAUUUCGAAUUAUCCCACAAGGCCUUCCGUCUUCUAUUGAGGAGUUAUAUCUUGAAAAUAAUCAAAUUGAAGAAGUGUCAGAAAUUUGCUUUAACCAUACAAGAAACAUAAAUAUCAUUGUGCUAAAGCAUAACAAAUUAGAAGAAAAUAGAAUAGCACCUUUGGCUUGGAUAAACCAAGAGAACUUGGAAUCAAUUGAUCUCUCUUAUAAUAAGUUAUAUCAUGUUCCCUCCUAUCUGCCAAAAUCUUUACUACACCUGGUACUUAUAGGAAAUCAGAUUGAAAGAAUUCCAGGAUAUGUCUUUGGUCAUAUGAAGCCAGGGCUGGAAUACCUCUACCUGUCCUUUAACAAACUUACUGAUGAUGGAGUAGAUCCUGUAUCAUUUUUUGGAGCGUAUCACUCUCUGAGAGAGUUGUUUCUGGAUCACAAUGAAUUAAAGUCUGUGCCAUUUGGAAUUGAAGAAAUGAAAAAAUUACGUUUUCUAAGGCUGAACAACAAUAAAAUAAGGACAGUCCCUCCAGAACGCAUCUGCAGGACUCACACCCGUGAUGACGAUGAUAAUGAUAACAGUGAAGAGGAGGAAUAUCGAGAUUCACGUUUGGAACAUCUUCAUCUUGAAAACAACCGUAUCAAUACAAGACAGCUAUCACCACAUGCCUUUUCAUGCAUAAGAUCUUAUUGCAGUGUUGUUCUCAAACCACAGAAGAUCAAAUAAACACCCAAAUUUUGCAUUGCAAGUCCUAUCUCUCUCUUAAAAAAAAAAAAAAAGCUUUAUUUAUUCUCUGUUACUAACAGCUCUUAUUUCUGAUUUAAACCCAUUUUACCACUAUAAAUAAGAGAGUAUAUUAUUUAACAAAAGCAUGACUGUAUUUCCCAAUACAGUUUCAUUAUACAAACAUUAAACAUAAAAAUAAAGGCUCAAGACUAUCUCAUACAAGAGACAUCUUUAAAAGUUCAGACUUCAGAAACGAAGAAUAUAACUAAACACUUAACUUGGUCCUGUCUACUUUGAUUUUCUGAAUUUAAAACACUUCAAAGUGGUAACACCUUUAAAAAUGUUGCAUAAAAAGGACUUCAAAUUGUGCACAUUCUGAUGGAUAAAAAAUGGAUAGUGCUGGAGAAAUUUCAUGUCCAAAAAUACUGCAGCAAGAAAUGCUCUUCCACUGAAAAUUUUAAGGAAAAAUGUUUAAAAAAAAUGCAUCCAGACAGAAAUUAAUUCCUCUCCUCUUCAGAUUCUGUGUUGAAACCCUAGAAGUUUUCUGUUGGCUCUCCAAACCAGCCAAACUAUGUUUGAAAUAAUAUUUACAUAGAGAGAGUGGUAGGCCCCAUUCACUUGUACCAUGGAAAGCAUGCUCACAUUUUUAUAUUGUAUAAGAUAUCAAUAGGAUCACAUUGCCUAUAAUUCCCUCUUACAGCUGUUAGUGGAUAUUUGAAAGUUUCCAGAUAGUCAUAAAUCACCGCUGUGGAGGCUAUGUUGAGAAAGCAGCUUCAGUCAUACAUUUGACUUUAAUGGCUUAAAUAGAUCUCUGAUUCGCUAGAACGGAGUUCAAUCUCUUGAAGAUUUUUUAAAAUACCUGAGCUCAGAGAAAGGAAACACCUUUAAUAUGCCACUCCAGAGACACCUGGAGCCUAGUAAAAAUGAAACUUAAAAACUUUCUGUGUUAUUGGCAUUUCCCCAAUAGAUUUUAAUAUUGUAUUCUUUCUCCAAAGUGAUCUAAAAAAAUAAGACUUAAUUUUUUAGUUAGUGUUUUUCUUUGAAGAACAAUGUCCAUAAAAAUGAAAGUACUUCUAGUAUGUUUUGUAUUUAUUAAAUUCUAUAAUACUUUCCCAUAACAGUAGGAUGGGGUAGGAAAUGAUUACAGAUGACUGGCAAAUAAUUUUUCAGAAGAUUACCCUCUACUUUCCCCUGAACUAUUCUGUGAUAAGUUUACAGUUUUCUCCAGUACUAUAGGUACAUAGCCUGAUCACUUCCUCAGAAACUUUGCGAACAAAGGAUGCAAUGGCUCAAUACAAGGAUUGACUUUUUAAGUGCUAUAAUCAACUGCACACCAUAAAACCCUCUAAGGAUACAUAUCAACCACUAAACCAUAAUUUUUUUGCCCUCACUCUGGAAUUGUAGGGUUCAUGAUGCAUUUUCCACACAUCCCAAUCUACUGCCAAUAACUAUGCCAUAUAAUCAGCACAAACAUACUGUUCAGACGACGUUAUCACAAUGAAGGACCAAAAAAAUGUUAACAUAAUAUUAUAGACAGCAUAUAUAGAUGCAACAGCUGGAUUCUGUUUUCUCUGAAGCUGAACAAUCACUAUAAAGUCAAAAUUCCACUGUUCUAUUUCCAGAUUCUCUCUUAUUUGAAUAAAUUAUUACCUGCAAGUUACAAUAGUACUUUAUCUGCAGUCAGUCAAAAUAUAAUGUAUUUCUUGUAUGAGAUAAUCCUAAGAUAUGUAGCCUUCUGUAAAAAGAUUGCUUUGGAUACUUUGUUUCGUAAAAUAUGGUCAUAAAUCAUACAGUAUUGAUUUGUAAAUUUGGUAAAGAAUGGUCAAAUCAGCAGGCUGAGUUUACAUACAAUAUUCUGUUUUGGAUGUCUUGAUUUCACUGUUUGUGCAUUCCCAACAUUUGAAUCCUUUCUUGUCUUUGAUUUUGGCUAAUACAUCUUUGUCUGUCAAACACCAUUAAGAUCCCAAGCAUUUUUCUGACAGAGUGAAAAAUAGCCAAGUUAUUAAAAAGAUGCUUUUCCUUUAUUGUUAAACAACUUCAGAUUUACUUUUGCAGCACUGCUGAGCAGUGCUUUCAAAAAUGCAGCUAUACUAACUGUUUUGAAUCUACAGACUGACCCAAGGGUUUUGUUUCCAGGUAAACAAGCUUCUGUAUUACUCCAUUUUAUAUAUUCUCAAAAUAAAUUUAAGCAAAACA